GCACCGUGUUGAUCAAUUUAGUAUCAGUUCGAUCGCGGCCGCUAUCAGUGUCGGUUCUUACGUGUUUGUGUGUUGGUAAAGAAAAAAAAUAAUCAUGCCUAGCCUGAUCUUCGACAAGUGCUGCGGCUGCAUCGAGCUGAAGACAGGGUGCCUCAUCAUCGGCUACCUGGAGCUGGUGGGCGAGAUAAUCCUCAGUCUCCUAAUCCUGGUAUCCCUACUGGCCGGGGGCGUGGCCAUCAGCUCCGACAAGGAGGACGUCAAAGAAGUGGGAGUGGGGCUCAUCGUGAUAUCGGUCAUCCUGCUGCUGGCUCUGGCGCUGCUGCUCGCCUUCACCAUCACGCUGCUCGUCGGUCUACACAAGAACAAGCGUGGCCACGUGAAGGCGUACCUAAUCUACUCGGCUAUCUUCUUCGUCAUUGCCGUGGUCAUGUUCUUCUCCGGCCUCAGCCAGGGCCCGCCCAUCUCCAACAUCAUCUCUAACAUCAUUGGCUUGUUGAUCCAUCUGUACUUCCUCAUGGUAAUCAGGAGCCAGUACCACAAGAUGGACGACGCCAGCAAGGGCGCCAUCUACAACACCGCCUAAGCCCAAAGUACCUCAAUGAUGUUUCAUGUUUAGGGGCCUAGCUUCAGUCGUAGACACGCCAGUCGAAACUUAACCAUUCUUGGUAAAAAAUCUUUCUUUUUUUGCCGUGCAUGAAUUAUAGGGGGCAGCAUAGGAGCCGUCAGAUUUUUGCAAGGCUUAACCUUUUCGCCGCCAAUGACUUGAUAUAAAGUCACUACAUUUCGUGCCCCACACGCUACUACUUGAUAUGUUAUACGGGUUGUUUACAUGCAAUUUUUGACAUGGCGUUGAUGGCACUUUAUUAUUUCAUUGACGUGGCGGCGAAAAGGUUAAAUGUGUCGUUUAUGCUUCCGAUGUAGCCCAUAAGAUGGCAGAACCUACUGUGCACAAAGAACCGACAUGCGUACCGACGAAAACGGUAUGUGGCACUUGUACAUGUGCAUAUAUGUUUCCGAUUCAGGCCACAAGAUGGCAGACCCUCCAACGGGUACGCUCCCUAUAGAGCAACAAAAACCGUUCUAAAACUAGCUGUUCCGUGAGCUGUAGACCUCGUGUGCGGAACUGAAAACUGAAUAAAUGUAUGGCUCCGCGAUUUUGAAAACAUCUAACCACCGAAGUUGCCCUCAAAAUAGUCAAAAUUUCACGAGAAGUUGAGAAUUACGAUCUGUAGAGGAGAAUACGGACAUAUGAAAGCAUUUUUGCCAAAGCAGUAAAGGAGACCUUCGCUUACUUAUUCACGUAUGUCUGCCUGUAAUGCAUUUAUUUUUUUGACUGGCGAUUGUCGACUAACGAUUGGAGUCUAAGGCCCCUGGUGUUUAUCCCACGCGGCAAAAUAAAUGUUGCUUAUGCCCAUAUAAUUAAGGUAGAUUAAGGAUUAAGUACUUUUAUUUUUCUAUUUUUUACAGAAUUCGUUUCGAGUUCAUGGUUUUUGCAUUUUUAAUGAUAAGCUUUUCUUUUUUUAUUUGUAUCUCAAAAUUGAUUAAAAAUAUAUGCUUGUCAAUGUAAAAUUGUGCUAUUUCGACAUGUGCUUUUAUGAAAUAUUUGUAUUUUCAUAUUUCAUUAAAAAUGGAUACGACAUUUCUUGAUAUUAUGCAGUGUUAGUGUUGUUAGAUUAAUAAAUUAACAAUAUUUUUUAGACUCUACAUUGGAAUCCAGGAAAUAUGAUUAUUAUAACGGAAUGUGGUAAAUAAGUGCCUGGAAAGAUCUCGAUUGGUGCCGAAUGUAUGCAAGCUUUAUGCCGUAGUAAGGUAGGAUCAUAGGUAGACUGACAAAAUGCGACUGUUAGGUCUGAUGUACUGCCGGAAAAUUUCCAAAAUUGCGAAAUUUCCACAUGGAAAUAUUUUGGUAACUUCUAAAAUUGUUGUAUGAGAAUCGAUAUUUUUUAUUUCCAAAAUGAAAGUUUCUCUUGUUUUCUGUGAUUUUUUUCAGAAAAUUUAUUUGAACCUACAUGGAAACUGACUAGUAUAUUCUUAUCACACAAGAUGUCCUCUUUUUAAAUUAAAUAAAACUAAUAAACGCUAUUUACAGAUAUGGUGCAUAGUUGUUUUCCAUACUUCAGUCAACCUCAGCACUUUUUGUACCAAGACCGACUGAAAUGGCAAGACACGUUCGUACGUUUCCGUGAAAAUACGGUGGAAAGUAAUUAUACACUACAUCUGUAUUCAAAACUAUGUAAUGUUAGACGAGUGUUUAGAUCUAAGAUUAUUAUAAAUUUAUAAAUGUUUACAGUCUUCUGGGGUAGAUAUUUAGCUUGUAAGUGUCAGAUUCGCCUAAAUGUAUUAAAUGUUAUUGCUUAAUACAACUUAAAUACUUCAGACUGUCCAAAACUCAAAUUAUAUAUUAAUAUUACCUAUUUGAUAGAUUAUUUUAAUCUACAAAACUGCAAAGGUUAGAAAACUGUAGUAAUAUUGCAUUGGAUUAUUACUGAAAUGGGAUACAUAUUUACAGCUUUUUAAAAGUAUAUAUUAUAUACCUAUGUAUUAAAUACAACAAAAUGUUAAUACGAAUAGCUUUAGAGCGGAUAGUCAAUUCUAUUCUUGAUAUUCUUGAUGAUGAUGAUGAUGAUGAUAGCAUAACUUUAAAUCAAGUACAUAAUAAUGAAAUACAUAAUCUAUUUAUACUGUUUCGAUAUAUUUACAGUUUUUGAGGCUGACAUAAAGCAUUUAUAAUACUUGAAACAUUUGUAGAUUCAAUAAUUGUAACUGUGCCAUUUUGUAUAUUUCGUAUAUAUUAUAUACCUAUGUACCUACUUAUUACCUACUCUACCUUAUAAUACAAUAGGUACCUAAUGUAAGUUAAAACUUAUCUUUUCUCGAAUAAAUGUUUGAACGAUGAAAA